GAGUGAAGUGAAAGCACUGAAAGAGAGAUAAACAGAGAGAGAGAGAGAGUGAGUGAGUGAGUGAUGUGUUGUUUGUAUAGACUUUUGAGUGUAAAACUGGUUUAAUAGCAGUGAAGACAUAUUAAGUCAAUGAAGACUCAAGACUUAAACUAAGACAACGACUAAUAGCGAGUAAACUAUAAAAGAGUGAAAAAAUCACAUUUGAUUCAUAUUUAACACUAUAGUUGCCAUCAUUUUAAUUGAUCCCCAAUUGGCAUCACUUGGUAUUCAUUUGUAUUGAUUGGACAAUUGAUUGUCAUUCAACAGGUUGUGUGCAAUGUCUGAAAAAGUGGGUGAAGAGUUGGGUCCGAGUCCACGAUUGUGUCAUUUGAUUAAAUGGCCCGACUUUGAUGGAUAUGGCUUUAAUUUACACGCAGAGAAAGCCAAGAGUGGCCAAUAUAUUGGUAAAGUAGAUCCCGAUUCACCGGCUGAGUUGGCCGGACUACAAGAAGGCGACCGUAUUAUUGAAGUUAAUUUGGUUAACAUUGCAAAUGAAAAUCAUCGACAAGUUGUUGAAAGGAUUAAAUCGAUUCCUAACGAAACAAAGCUAUUGGUGAUCGACGACACGUCAGACAAGUGGUAUAAAGAGCACAAAAUUGUGGUCAAAAGUACGCAAUCAAAUGUCAUGCACUACAAGACACCCGUUCCUCGACCUGUCAAACAUGAACUCAACACUAUUGAUACCAACGGUUCUGACGAUAAUACAAAUGGUGUGUCAAAUGGAGAUAAUGACAACCACUCGACGACUGAGUCCAUCGGCAGCAAACAUAAUGAAGUGGAUGUCAACCAUAAGACCAAUGGAUUAGCUAAUAUUGGAGACCAAUCACCAGUAGUGGAAAACGGUGGUCAAUCUUCAGCUUCGUCUACACCUAAAAGUACGAAAAGAUCGCAAGAAUCGCAGCAACAAAACCAACCGAUUAGUCCCUCGAGCACUGGGAGUAACACAAAUGUGUCGAUUCCUGAUUCUCCCAUUUCAAGUAAAAGUGGUUCCAGUGGUCUGAGUGGUCCAUCGCGACAGUUGAGUGAGUCAUCAACACUCGAUCUGAACCUAAAUAUGAGUGCAUCUGAAAUGAGACAAUUGUUAGCUCAGCGAAAGAAAUUGGACGCCAAGAAAGCACAGAUGGAUUUGAAACAAAAAUAUGAAAUUAUUCAACAAAUGUAAACAAUAUUUUCUUAACGACCAACAAAUAGUUAAACAUUUGAUUCUCAAUCCAAUUCCAAUAUAAUUAUUAAAAUUUAUAUUUUUUUAUCAAACAUUUUGAUAAAAAUUAAAACUACUGUUAUCAUCUAUGGACCAUCAAUAACAUUAGAAAAAAUGAUAUAUAAUAUGUAGAUAAAUUAUAUUUAAAAACUUGAUAUAAUAUUUA